AAUGAUGCGGGUGACAGAGUUACUCCAGCUGUUGUUGCCUACUCAGAAAAUGAAGAGGUUGUUGGAUUGGCAGCAAAACAAAGUAGAAUAAGAAAUAUUUCCAAUACAGUCAUGAAAGUAAAGCAGAUCCUUGGCAGAAGCCAGAAAUUUGGUCCUUGGAUCUGGCUUCUCAGCAAUUAGUCCUGAGAGGGAAGAAUCCGUUGGCUCCUGGAAAUAAACUGAAAGCACCCAGAGUUUCCCCACACCUUCAGAUUUGCACCUUGCUGUCCAGGAGCUUUCUUCAGCUAGCCUUCCUUCCCAGUCCACUAUGGCCAAUUCCAAUAGCAGUGCGGGCAUCCGGUGGUCCAGACAGGAGACGCGAACUCUUCUCUCCAUACUAGGCGAGGCAGAAUAUAUUCAACGCCUCCAGACUGUGCAUCAUAAUGCAGAUGUCUAUCAGGCUGUGUCUAAGCGAAUGCAGCAGGAAGGCUUCCGCCGCACCGAUCGUCAGUGCCGCUCCAAGUUUAAAGUUCUGAAGGCAUUAUAUUUAAAGGCAUAUGUUGCCCAUGCCACAAGUAUGGGUGACCCACCACACUGUCCAUUUUAUGAGACCUUGGAUCAGCUUCUCCGAAAUCAGGUAGUGACUGACCCAGACAACUUAAUGGAGGAUACUGCUUGGGCCAAGCACUACACUCAGAACUUAAUGGCCUCUGACAACCCAGGGGAAGAGGGAACCGGCAUUCUGAAACCAAAAAGGACUCAGGCAGCAGAUCAUCAGCCUAUCUCGAAAACAGUUAAGGAAUCAGAUGAGGAUUGUCAACUGAGAAUCACUGACCAGAUGCAAGAAACCAGUGACCUUGAGGACUCCUGGGAUGAAUCCUCAGGUGCAGGGUGCUCUCAAGGGACCCCCAGCUACAACAGUUCCCACCACCUUUUCAGAGGUGCAGUUGCUCCCUGUCAGAGCAGCCCCAUGACCAGACUGGGUGUGUCCGGUGAGCCCAGUCCCUGCACCAGCACGGGCCGAAACACUCCUGGGGUGGCCUUCACACAGCAGCCUCCAAUCUCCUCCGGAGUUCCUUUUUCUGGUGGGGAUAGGCCUUUGACCAGUGAGCCCCCUCCAAGGUGGGCAAGACGAAGAAGGCGGUCAGUGGCCAGGACUAUUGCAGCUGAAUUGGCAGAAAACAGGAGAUUGGCACGAGAACUUUCAAAACGUGAGGAAGAAAAAUUGGACAGGCUGAUUGCUAUUGGUGAGGAGGCCAGUGCUCAGCAAGACACUGCCAAUGAGCUCCGCAGGGAUGCCGUGAUUGCAGUGAGACGCUUGGCAACAGCAGUGGAAGAGGCAACCAGUGCUUUUCAGCUAGGGCUUGAAAAAUUGCUUCAGAGAUUAAUUUCUAACACCAAAAGUUAGGAACUGAUGAUAAAAGGGUAUAUACCCUAAACUGAUAGAAGCCCAUAUCCAAGACUUGCCUUUUGGUGACCUGGAUCUUUUUCCAUGUCCUGAGAGAAAAGAGUGGAUGAGCCGCAGAUAUACAGAAGAGUAGGAAUAUACAUGCUAGUUGUUUUUCCCAAACUUCUCCACUAAUUCAAAGACUUCAGAUAUGUGAGAGGUGGCCUAAUGGAAAAUGGAUGGAGCCAACUCCAGAGCUAGUUAGCCCUGGCUUUGUCACUGAUAUGAGGCAAUUUAGUUUACCUCUCUGCACCAGUUUCCUCAUCAGUAAAAUGGGAGCUAGGUAACAAUUCCUAACCUGCCUACCUCACAGGGAUGUUGUGAGGAUCAAAUGGCUAAUAGAUGUGAAAGGGUUUAAAAGCACUAUAUACACAUGUAAGUUAUUAAAUGUAUAUGACCUUGGCUGAGGUAAGGCAAGGAUGCGGCACAUUAGUUGACAAGAUAGAAUUAUGGUUGUAUACCAUGAUGAUUUCAUUGCUUGAAUAGUUGUUUAACUUGAUUGUUUUCUGAAGUUUAAAGUCUUCAAUUUUUUUUAAUGCUUCUGUAGCUCAAGACUACUAUAGACACAACAUCUGUUUGUACCUUUCUCUCAUUUUCACUGCUGUCUGUGACAUUCCUACUAGUAAGCACUCAAUAGUCAAACCAUUUUUCCCUCCAUUUUAAUAGUUCUUAGUCUCUAUAGGAUAUAAUUCAAAACUAAUAGGAAGCCACAAUCAUGUUAUGGUUCAUAUUGAUAAUCCAAUAUAAUGAGAUAUUGGCUGUUUAUAAAAUAUUAAAUGUAAGUAAAUUCUUUGCAUUCUAUAUUACUUGGGUCCUUUACAUGCAUAAUUACAUAUUGUAAAAUUUCGAUUGCUAAUUGAAUAUCUUGGAAAGAUUUGGGAUAAUAUCAGUUUCCCAGGUGCUUUUUAGCUAAUUUCACUCUUUUUUGUUAGUGUUGUUCCUGUGUUGUAUGUUACAGAAGGCAAGCACUAGAAAACUUUCCUUCUAGGGAACUUUCCAAAAUCACUUUUUCUCACAUGGUGUAGACCAGUGAUGGCGAACCUAUGACACACAUGUCAGAGGUGUCACGCGAACUCAUUUUUUUGGUUGAUUUUUCUUUGUUAAAUGGCAUUUAAAUAUAUAAAAUAAAUAUCAAAAAUAUAAAUC